AUGCUUCCGCCUUCAGGUAGGGAAUUUCGUUUUGGCUUAGAAUUCCAUUUGGGAUUAUAUGAUAAACAUGCUCCCAAGGGUAUGUCCAAGGGGGAAUAUUUCCACAAAGCAAUCAAAUUGAACAAGGAGAUUGAGAUUGAAAUACCUACCCUACUGAUUCCGAGAAAUGAGUGCCUCGAAGAGACGGAGUUUGACCCAUCCGCCUCAAGAAUUGAGGAGAAUACGGACUCAUUAUCUCGCCCUCUUACCUAUAAGAGAUCACAGCUUGCGCAUGGCCGCGCAGCGGUCGCACUUCUCAAGGAAGUGUGCAUCAGGGGUUCGAAACGAAAAUUGGGACUCCGGAAAAGGCUAGGGAAUAGAUCGGCUACUUGGAACCGGGUCGGGUCGCGAGGUUCUGCUUGGAUCUGUGGCUGGGGACCUCGGUUCAGCGCUGUCUCGAGCAGAUCAGGACUGGAACUCGUUGCCCUACUGAUUCCGAGGAAUGAGUGCCUCAAAGAGACGAAUUUUGACCCAUCUGACUCAAGAAUUGAGGAGAAUGUGAUUGUAAAGAUUAAAGACGAACUCCCCCUCUUACCUAUAAGAGAUCACAGCUUGCGCAUGGCCGUAUCCUCCAAAUUCCAUCCCGGCAGGCUUCCUCUCUCCACCUACGGGCGUGGCGGUCGCACUUCUCAAGGAAGUGUAUAUCGG